UUAUAAGUCACUGUCAGGCUGUAUUAGGUUCACACUGUCAGGUUCAACAAGACUGGAUAAAAAACCAACCAUGAAGGGCUCAGUAAUGUCUGUUUUGGUGGUCUUGGCUCUGGUGGCCCAGGACAGACUGGCAGGUGGACAGGAACACAAAUCGUAUGACUACACGAAGUACCACACCAUGGAUGAGAUUUCAGCCUGGAUGAAUCAGAUGGAAAAGGAAAACCCAGACGUUGUGUCCAGCAUGAUAUAUGGACAAACGUAUGAGAAGAGGAACAUUACAUUACUAAAGAUUGGCUUCACCAGCGCCACACCAAAGAAAGCCGUUUGGAUGGACUGUGGGAUUCAUGCCAGGGAAUGGAUCGCUCCAGCUUUCUGCCAGCAUUUUGUUAAAGAGAUCCUGGGCUCCUACCAAACAGACCCGAAGGUUAAAAUGUUGUUUGAAAACCUGGAUUUUUACAUCACCCCAGUGCUGAACAUGGAUGGAUAUAUUUAUUCCUGGAAGGAUAACACAACUCGACUAUGGAGGAAGUCCAGAUCACCAGGCACUGGAGACUGCACAUGCAUUGGCACUGAUCUCAACCGAAACUUUAAUGCUAACUGGGGGAUGGUUGGGAUAUCCAGAAACUGCUGUUCAGCGGUCUAUAACGGACCGACUCCUCUUUCUGAACCAGAGGCCCAAGCUGUCACUGACUUUUUGGUAGCACAUCAAAACAAACUGCUCUGUUAUCUCACCAUCCACUCGUACGGUCAACAGAUCCUCGUCCCAUAUGGACACCCCAACAUCUCAGCACCCAAUUAUGAUGAACUGAUGAAAGUAGGUCGUGCUGCAGCUAAUGCCAUCAAAGCAGUUCAUGGAAAGAGCUACAAAGUGGGCACUCCACCAGAUAUAUUGUAUGCAUUUUCUGGUGGUUCAUGUGAUUUUGCGAGGCUCACAGGGAUCCCAUAUUCCUUUACCUUUGAGUUACGUGAUGAAGGGAAAUUCAGCUUCAUUCUGCCCGAGGAUCAAAUCCAGCCCACAUGUGAAGAAGUUUACCAGGGUGCAAUGUCUAUCAUAAACUACAUCCAUGAUAAGAAUUUCAGAGGUUCAGCGAUUACAGUCACAGCCACACUGUGGACAACACUGGUGGCCUCGUGGAUAUCAAGCGCUAAUGUUUUUUAGACCAAACGGAUAUCAAAAUGGAUUUGUCACAUUUAUUUUAUUUCUCAAAACUGCUUGUUUUCUUUUAUGCUUAAACAAGAACCAUGUAACAAAAAACACUUGGUUGGAUAUUUUUUGUCUAAUGCAAUAAAAUUCAGACAUUUGUA